UCAUAAAUUAAUCAUUUUCUAAAUUUGUUCUCAAAAUUUUGUAACAAAUCAUUUUUCCGUCACAUUUCACAAAUCAAAUCGAAGCUUAUGCGUCGCUUGCAUUCAUUUUAAAUUCUUAGUAACCUUUUUUUGGGAGAAUGCUUAAAUAUUUGGCUGGAAUCUUCGUCAGUCCGCGCAAAGAUUACGCGAAUGGUCGCUUCAAGAUUCCGCAUCCGAAGAAACUGGCCGCCAAGAGGAAGUCGCCCCCGGUGAAGAUAUCCACGAGGAGCGUCAUCAAUGGCGGCAGGUCGGCAAACGGGAGGCUCAAGACGGAAAAUAGAGCCGUAUGGCGACGUCGAGAGGGCAAUCCCCACCUGCCGCGUCCACACAGCCGAUCCUCCCAGAAAGCCAUAGGGAUCCGCCUGGAUCCCAUCAGCUACAUCGUAAAUGUGCCCAAUUCCACUUCAUCGCUCGACGACGACGAGGAGGAGGAGCCUGUGUCGCAAGUGCCUAACGCAGAAAACAAUCUUAAGGUUCGGAGGUAUCGGAAAAAGGAUUUCGAAUGUCUGAUUCCACCGCCAGUUAGUCGCGUCCCGAGUUGGACGGGUCCUUUGAAUGCCAGUCCCUUCAACCAACUGGAUGAGCAGGAUUCCAUCGCUGGGGAUGCGGACGCCAUGGCCUGGAAUGCGAUUUGUUUGCCAGAUGAUUUUUGGUCGGAGGAUUCGGACUCAGAAAUCAAUAGAAAGUUGAGUAAAAUCAAUGUCUUUUAAUAUACUCAAAAUUUAGUUUUAAUAUUCAGUUAACCAUUCAGUAAAAACUUAUUAUGUACGACAUUUUACAAGUUAAUGAGAGCAUGUAAAGAAAUUGUAUACUUAGUAAAUAGCAAUACCCUACAAAUU